CCCAUCCAUCCGGUUCCUUCUCUCUCUCUCUCUCUUUUCUCUUACGUAUAUAAACCAUUCUCCAUCCCACUUCUCUCAAUUCAUCCACAACUAUCUCACUUCACUCUUCUUCACAAACACUCACCACCAACACAAACAAACAAUCCAUCACAAUGUCUGGCCUCAACCCCGGUGACAGCUUCCCCUCCGACGUCGUCUUCUCCUACAUCCCCUGGACUGAGGAGAAGGGUGACAUCCAGGCUUGCGGUAUCCCCAUCAACUAUCACGCCUCCAAGGAGUGGGCCGACAAGAAGGUCGUCCUCUUCGCUCUCCCCGGUGCUUUCACUCCCGUCUGCUCUGCUCGCCACGUCCCCGAGUACGUUGAGAAGCUCCCCGAGCUCCGCGCCAAGGGUGUCGACGUCGUUGCCGUCCUCGCCUACAACGAUGCCUACGUUAUGAGCGCCUGGGGCAAGGCCAACAACGUCACCGGUGAUGACAUCCUCUUCCUUUCCGACCCCGAGGCUCGUUUCUCCAAGAGCAUCGGCUGGGCUGAUGAGGAGGGCCGCACUGGCCGCUACGCCAUCAUCCUCGACCACGGCAAGGUCACCUACGCUAAGCGCGAGCCCGCUAAGAACCACCUCGAGUUCUCGAGCGCCGAGACCAUCCUCAAGAACCUGUAAAUGCACCAACGAAUCAUAGAGGUUGCAUGGGCUUGAUAGAUGGCGUUGACCUUUAGCUGGUGGGAUAAUGACCUGGAAAAGAGGUAAUAGAAAAGUCAUGUUAGAGCUAGACUUCCCACUAGAUAGUUGAAGAAAUUCAACGC